AUGCCAAAGGAAGACGGGAACAAAACGAGAAGAACUCUCUCUCUCUCUCUCUCUCUCUCUCUCUAUCUAUCUAUCUAUCUAUCUAUCUCAGUCUGUUCAAAUCUAUCUCAUCACACGGUUCAAAUCUAUCUCAUCACAGUCUGUUCAAAUCUAUCACUUCACAAUCUAUCUAUCUAUCUAUCUAUCUAUCUAUCUAUCUAUCUAUCUAUCUAUCUCAGUCUGUUCCUAUCUAUCUAUCUAUCUAUCUAUCUAUCUAUCUCAGUCUAUUCAUAUGAACGUGUUCGAUCUUCCCUGAGGGCCCCUAUAAAUUAUCAUGCAAUACAUUAUUUCUCUACUUUCUUUCUUUUUUCUUUUAUUUUGUAUUCUUUUUCUUCUUUCUCACUUUCAUUCUUCCUUUUUUCUUUUUCUCCUUUUUUCGUUAUACACUAUUUUCUUUUUUUGAUUGUUAUUUAUUUUCAUUUUUCCUUCCUUCAUUUUUUCCUUUCGUUACAUUCCUUUCUUUCUUCUUUUAUUGUUCUUUUUUAUUAUAUUUUCUUUCUUUGUCUUUCAUUCCGUCUCACUUUCUUUCUUUCUGCCAAAUUUCUUUCUUUUUUCUCCCUUAAUUUCUUUCUGCCUAAUUUAUUUUUAUUUUUCCUUCCUUCAUUUUUUCCUUUCAUUACAUUCCUUUCUUUCUUCUUUACAUUUAUUUUUCCUUCUUUUUUAUUAUCUUUUCUCUUUGUCUUUUCUUUUUCUUUCUCUUCCUUUCUUUCUUUCUUUCUUUCUUUCUUUCCUUUCUUUUUUUUCUUUCUUUCUUUCUUUCUUUCUUUCUUUCUUUCUUUCUUUCUUUUCUUUCUUUCUUUCUUUUUCUUUUCUUUUCGUUAUUUAACCUUUCUUUCUUUUUUUUUUUUUUCUUUCUUUCUUUCUUUCUUUCUUUUCUUUUUUUCUUUCUUUCUUUUUCUUUCCCGUUCUUUACUUUCUUUAUUUAACCUUUCUUUCUUUUCCUUCUUUUUCUUCCUUUCUUUCUUUCUUUCUUUCUUUCUUUCUUUCUUUUCUUUUUUUCUUUCUUUUUUUUUUUUCUUUCUUUCUUUCUUUCUUUCCUUUUCUUUUUUUCUUUCUUUCUUUUUCUUUCUUUCUUUCUUUCUUUCUUUCUUUCUUUCCGUUUCUUUCUUUCUUUCUUUCUUUUUCUUUCGUUAUUUAACCUUUCUUUCUUUUUUUUUUUUUUUUUUCUUUCUUUCUUUCUUUCUUUCUUUCUUUCUUUCUUUUUUUCUUUCUUUCUUUCUUUCCUUUUCUUUCUUUCUUUCUUUCUUUCCAUUUAUUUUUUCCUUUUCUUUCGUUUUCUUUCUUUCUUUUUUCUUUCUUUUUCUUUCUUUCUUUCUUUCUUUCUUUCUUUCUUUCCGUUUCUUUUUUUCUUUCUUUCUUUUUUUUGAUUUUCCAUUUAUUUUUUCUUUUUCUUCCAUUUCCUGA